AUGGAGAAGCGCCUGGACUUGAAGCUCACCGCCAACCGACACGUGGUCGGAGUCCUCCGAGGCUAUGAUCAGUUCAUGAACAUUGUGCUGGACAACACGGUGGAGAUCGUCUCUCCCACUGAGAAGAACGAGAUCGGCAUGGUGGUGAUCCGAGGUCCGUCGACGGAGACGGUCAGCGGUCGUGGAAUGGAUUUUGGACCGAACGAUCCGAAAGAUGCUAAUAGCUUCUUGUUACUAUACUAG